CGGGUUGAGAGGGCGGGAGAUGCUACUGCCUAGCGUUCGGUCCUGAUCCCGGCCCUAACUCUGUACCCCGAAACCAAAUCCCGACACCCCCAUUUGGACAGAGAGCGAGCGCAGUCGCGGGUGCAGCCUGUUGCCCGGUGUUGAUCCCAGGCCAGAAUGCCAUCGCUUGGCGCUCACCAGCUGUCCUUUGAGGAGCAGAAGCAGAGGGCAGCGGACAUCGUGCGCCUCCUGUCCAUGUACAUCGACAUCCUGGACUCGUAUGUGAUAGAAUUCUUCAGUGAAAACUUGUGGGAGAAAGUGCCCCGCUCCUGGCGGCUGACACUCUCCGCUUUGACUGCCCCACAGUUGGCAUCGCUGCUGUUGGAGAACGGAUCUUCUGCUGGCCAGGAGUCAGUUUGGCCUCUCUCCCUGCUGGCAUUCAGAGCGGCCGCCCAUGGCCUGGCCCUGCCACGCCAGCCCCGGGGUGUCUCCCCACCGCGUGAAGCCAUCCCUGGGAGCAGCAGGGAGCCUGAGGAGUUCCAGGCCAACAAAAGCCAGAGCUCACGGCUGGGACACCUCUUCCGCAAGCACGUCCGGCCCAAGAAACAGCACGAGAUCCGCAGGCUGGCUGGGCUGGUGAAGAAGUUGUGCAAUGCUACAGGCUGUGAGCACGUGGUAGAUAUGGGAUCAGGCCAGGGUCACUUGUCGCGAUACCUUGCCUUCCACCACGGCCUACAGUUGACCGGGCUGGAGGCAUCCGAGGAGCUGGUCACGGCCGCCAGGCGCUUCGACAGGGAGCUGCUCCUCGGCCUAGAGAAGGAGACACGCCGGGAGACUGAGGGCGUCAGGGAGCUGUCACUGCAUAGCCUGGACCCUCCUCGGCACCUGGUGCACCAGGUACUCUCUGAGGAGGAGGGGAAGCUGCUGGAGGAGCUGGAGCUGGGGCAGGGGCAGGGGAGUCCACCCCUGGUGCUGGCGGCUCUCCACGCCUGUGGGGACCUGGGACCAGCCGCCCUGCGCCUCUUCGCCCAGUGCCCCGGCGCACGGGGACUGGCUCUCGUCUCCUGCUGCUACAUGAAGGCCAGCGAGGAGGGCGGCUACCCCAUGAGCGCCUGGGUCCGCUCCCUGCCCGCCCACCAGCUGCCCUACAAACUGCGGGAGACGGCCUGCCACGCGGUGGAGGACUUUGCACAGCGCCUGCGGGGACAGAGUCCGGCGCUACGCUCGCACUGCUACCGGGCUGCACUCGAGGUCAUCAUCCGGCACCUACACCCUCACCUGCGGCGUCCACCGCUACACGCAGGCGGCAAGGCUCACCUCCUCCCCUUCCCAGAUUACGCCCGGGAAGGGCUACGGAAGCUGGGCCUGCACUCGGGAAUGUCGUGGGACGUGGCCCAGGUCGAGGCCCUGUUGGAACAGGGGAACAAGGUGCUGGCCUACUUCUGUCUCACCCUGAGCCUGGCUCCCGUCAUCGAAACUCUCAUCCUCCUCGACAGAGUCAUCUACCUCCAGGAGCAAGGCUUUCAUUGCCAGCUACUGCCCUUGUUUGAGCCGAGGUUCUCCCCCCGCAACUUCGUGCUGUUGGCUGCCAAGCUCAGUGGUCAGCUCAGUCAGCUUCUCUGCCCGGCAGAUGGGGCUAGCUGCCCCAAGUGAACUUCCGUACACAAAUGACAUUGGAUGCUGAUGUCGGUCAGCUCAGUCACACUCUCUGCCCGACAGAAGGGUCUGCCUGCACCAAGAGAGGUUCCACACACUUCUGACAUUCAAUGCCGCCUGCCCACAGGAUGACAAGGCAGAGGAGAGGGCAGCCAGCAGAGCCACCUCCAACUCCCACCGAUGUGCUUCGUGAAUCCCAGCUCAGAAUGUAGACAGGACAGUGCAGUGUGACUGUGCCUACUAUGAGGCACCUAUCACAGCUUAAACCUCACUCAUGCUCUACCAAAGCCCGCACAUCCUGCAGUAGCACCAUCAGCUGCAGACACACCUCGAGUCAGCGUGGCCCUCCAGCGUCGCAGCAGGAGAUGAUCCUGCACAAAACAACAUGCCUAAAUGACUUUUGGUCAGAUUCGGGACGUUGGUGGUGAGGGGAAGAGUUCCACCACAGGAAAAGAUCAUGGACGGGACAGGGUCCCACCAUAUGAGGGGGUCACUGAUGAGGGGAGUGCCCCAUCACGGGGGUGGGGGGGGGUGGUCAGUGACAGGGGAAUGUCCCACCACAGGAGGAAGAUUCCUUGUGCCUCCUCAGGUGCAGGAACACAGUGCAGCGUGCGGUCUUGCUCUGGCCGAGUUGAGGCGGGGCAGACCGUCUCCAUCAGCAAGUGGUCACCCCCCUCCUGCCAUACAUGUCAACGGUGACCCACUGUGAAGUCUGUCAGCUGUGGGGGAAGUGGUGACAGUGAGGGCUCACUCUCUCCCUUCAUUGCAGUGAUCUUGG